AUGAAUGCACACCCAUUGCGUCGAGUGCCCUUGGUCAGGUGGCCCAUUACGCCCUGCCGACGGGCAUCGAGCAAGGUACCUCGAGAUCAAAUUCCAAUCUCAAAGAAAAAACAGCCUCUUGGCAACACACAAAAUGGCCCCUCAGAGCUCAAAAGGACCGUAAAGCCUAAAAGGCGUGAAGUCCCUCCAAAGACACAGUCUUCACAAACUGAAGACCCCAGCUCCGAAACCAAGGAGAAAAAGAGCAAACAUGGAAUCCCUCCAACUGCCCUCGCCUUUAUGGGCAUUACAGCCCUAGCAAUAAGUACCUACAGCAGCUACCUAUACGUCUCAUACAAACGCGAAGUGAAGAAAAGCCAAGCCCUGGUUGUAUCCAACGACGUUUCAGACAGAUACAACAAAACAGCCUCAACGUUCGACGCGGACGUCGAAAUCUCCGAAAAGUUCAUGCAACUGGGUAGCAAGCGCAAUGACCUAAUCCGACACGCUCGCGGCAACGUCCUAGAAGUGAGCUGCGGCACAGGCCGCAAUUUACCAUACUACCUCCUCGGCGAGCGACGAGGCGUCAACGAAUUCCACCACCACCUCGAGGUCAACGGCUGCCGGUCGAUCACAUUCACAGAUCUAAGCCCGCAGAUGGUCGCAAUCACAAAGCAGAAGUUCGAAUCUAUGUACCCGGAUUUCACUCGCGUGUCUUACCAAUGCGUCGACGCGGGCACUGUCACGCCCCCGCCUGCUGGACCGGGGGAUCCGCCGCGCUACUUUGAUACCAUUGUGCAGACUAUGGGUCUAUGCUCGAUGCCAGAUCCUGUUGCGACGCUGCGCCAUUUGGGGUCGAUUACUGAGCCGAAGAAUGGUCAUAUCUUGCUUCUUGAGCAUGGUCGUUCGCGGUGGGAUUGGGUUAAUGGUAUUCUUGAUAACCUUGCUCCUGCCCAUGCGGACCGUCAUGGGUGUUGGUGGAAUCGGGAUAUUGGUGCUAUUACAUUCGGCUCUAGCUAA